AUGGGAAGUCCAUACCUGCGGCAAAUAGCUCAAGAAUGGCAAGCAAAGACGCCAAUCCCGAACGCAGACGGAUUUUAUGACGUUAACUGCACAGGAAGAACACUCGGUGCUGGUAUUGUGGCAACAUGUAACUCCACCGCCCCAACGGGGGAAGUUGUCGAUCUUACGCUCCCUGGAAAUCGUAAUGUGCCACUGUUUACUACCGACUUCAAUCGCUUCAACGGCAUGGGCGAUAUACCAACCCUUAAUUUAACAGUGAAAUACACUCAAGAAGUUGACAGUUCCUGCAACGCAACUCUGAUCAGGGAGACAUGCAACAUACAGUCUGCCAUAGUAGAGUAUGAUAUAAUAGCACAAGACGGGAUCUUCCUGGAGCUAGAUUCCAUACCGAAGUCAUGGUCACUAAACAAGUCACUGGCAGAUUCCAUCUUCAAAAAGCCAGGAGCAGCUGCUGGCCUUCUCACGGGUAUCGAAUGGUUCGGAUACUACUACCUUCAUGCGAACGCAACACUCCUUCACAAUAUGACAAGCGAUAUGUACACCUUUCAGCCAACGGGUAUUCUGGCCAGUCAGUACAACGACUUGGACUACACAAGUCUGGCAAAUUGUGCAUUCGUAUGGCAUAACCCAACAAGUGAUAUCCUUAGGAGCUUGCACCAGAUUGCAAUGCGCAUUGCAAUCGCAUCCUUUGACGGUAUGUUAAUCGCUUUUCGUUCCUUCUUCUCUUUUCUUUCUAUCUUGAGAGAAUAAAGGAUUCUGACACCAGCGAAGGAUUGCCAUCACCGAAUUCACUUCCCACCAAACUGUCUCAAAACCUACUGGUGUACACCUCAGUUUUUCCAUACCUUUGGACGGCAGUCGGGGUGAUGAUCUUGUCCAUGGUAUGCAGCUUAUGGCUACUAUGGGGUUGCUGGGAACUGA